AACUUCGCCAUAUCGUUAACCAAAAUGGAUAAAAACAAAUUAUUUGAAGGCUACGAAUUUAUGCAGUCAAAUUCAACGGAAUCAGUAGCUGUGCCUGGCCAAUUUUUUGUAGUCCAAGAUGAUGGAACAUUCCUAAUAUCGAAACAAAUUCAGUAUGUAACGGAGGGUCCAGAAACAAAGAAUUCGCCAGAAUCUUGCUCAGUUUAUGAAAUUGGAUCUGAACAGUUUUUUGUGAAUGUGGAUAAUUCUUCCAAUCUUGUCCCUGUUACAGAUCAAUAUGUACUGCCUGAAGGAGAUAGCAAUUUGUUCACCAAUAAUUAUCUAUUGCAAACUGAUUAUUCAACAAACAAUGACCAAACACCAAUCAAUGCUGCUUCUGAAUAUAAGCAAACCAGCCCCCACAUUAGUGAUACACAGAUUAGUAAUAUACAUUUUACUGAAGAUAAUGCUGAAAUAAAUGCUGAUGAUUCAUUAAAUAAAGCAGCAGACUGUACAGAGAUUACCCUAAAUGAUGACCAAUAUCAUAUGUUGGAACAAAAAGGGUGGAUAUUGCUAGAAUCGAAUGAUAAAAUAUUUGUUCUCAACCCAUUAGGACUGCAUGAUAUUACAGCUAAUAGUUCAUUAAUACAAAAGUUAAGAAAUGAAACUGAAAAUACUAGCAAAAACGUCAGUCAGUCGUCCUUCAUACACAAAUCGCUGCAGAAUCAACAUGAAAACUUGGAAGCUAAAAAUGACCAAAAAGCUUUUGAGUUUGAAGCACAAAACGUUACUGGUUUUACAGAAUAUGUUAAAAAUGAAGAAAGCGUUGACAAUGCGCCCUUGGAACAGCCAGAUAGAAUCCAUUCUGUUAUAAAACGCAACGACGUACAUCAUAAUAUCUCUGAAACCGAGAACACCACAACAAAUGUAAUUAACGAGCCACAGGAUUAUAUAAUUGAAGUUUUUAAGGAACCAAACAGCAAAUCUUUAAGGAUAUCAACUAAAUUGAUUUUCAAAGACAUUCCGAAAAGAAUUGUUCUAGGGAAAACGACAAACGGGAAGAGGCUUGUUGUCAAAAUGGUUGAUCAAGAAAAACCAGUUACUCUUUACGAAAAAAUUGUUCAAAAUCAGAAAAUGAAUGACACGGACCUGAGCGAGGCACAAUUUCUAAGUCUUCUUCAGCAAACUCUGCAGUCCUAUCAGAAUACGUACUACGCAGACGACAUCUCCUCGGCGGACUCCGUCAUCACUCAGCUGUUCAAAGUUCCAACACUCCGAAAGAUAAUUGUUGACCAGAGUGUAGUUAUAACCAAGGUAAAAGGCAGUAAGGAUGCAUCUGGUAAAUACUAUAAGAGUAAACCGACACUCAUAACUGGAAAAGUUAUAUUGACCAAUGAUAAAUUUGUGUUCGUUCAACUGCCUAAUUUACUCCAAUUUUUUUUUCAAAAGCCAGAAAACAAUGACAGCUCUAACUCUAACAAUGACAGUGUCGACAAACGAAACGAAGAGAUGCCAAUUGUUCACAUUCACAUCACAGAGACGAUCGGUGAAGACAACGUUAUUCGUGUUCAUGUUAAUCUGACAAAACGACAAAUUUCAGCGGAUUCAGUUUUAGAUCACAGAAAAUUGCGGAAAGAAAAGACGUAUGCAUGCGCUUCUUGCGCAGCGAUAUUUGCCACGCCAUCGGAACUUACUCAACAUCAAGAGGCACAGUGUACUGAAACUGAAGACAAUUUAAUGAUUGACACAGACGGCAUGAACGAUACCCAAGAAUACUAUUCAGUCUCUAAUAACGGUAAAAAGAAAAUGUAUAGCUGCCUACUGUGCAAGGUCACCUUUCCCAGGUUCAGCAGCUGUAUGAAACAUGUAAAGUCCCAUUACAUUACUUCAAAUAAACGUAAAUCGGAUAAUGAAAACGACGACGAACAUUCGGCUUCAAAAAUUGAUAAAUCGCAAGUUUUUAAAUGUAAAAUGUGUCCUGCAGCAUUUUUCCAUCCAUCGACAUUAUCGAAACAUAUAGUCACAAAACAUAUUAAAUUAAAAUCGAGUUGAAUUUGA